GGUGCACAGAACCAGUCAGGCACUUGGCUUGUUGACUGCUUCAUUCGUUCGUCUGCAGGUUAAAAUUUGAAAGUGUUUUUCUAGUUUUCUGUUUAAUACUCGGUUAUAGUAGGAAAUUAAAAAAUGGUUUGGACCCCGCUGAAUCAUUCGGCGUUCUGUUCGGUGAUACCAAAUUUGUCAGUUUGUCAGUCCGGCUUUCUCACUUUUAUGGCCUUUGUUCAGCAUAAUUUACAAAAUUCCUACGACAGUCAGUUCGCGAAUAUAAAUAAAGUCACCAACGAUAGCCAUGACAAUAGCUACGAUUUCAUCAUCGUUGGAGCUGGCAGUGCUGGAUCUGUUUUGGCCAACCGUCUGACCGAGAUCUCUGACUGGAAGGUAUUGUUGAUAGAGGCGGGAGAUGAAGAACCUCUGGUUGCAGACGUCCCAGGUAUGCUGCACUAUACCUGGGGAUCGUCCAUCGAUUGGGGAUACCGGACGCAACCACAGAAAAAUGCCUGCAAAGCUCGAAAAGGCGUGUGUUCUUGGCCUCGUGGCAAAGUGAUGGGCGGCUGUAGUACAAUCAAUGCGAUGAUGUACAUUCGCGGUAACCCAGAAGAUUACAACGGCUGGGCAGAACUUGGCAACCCUGGAUGGAGUUACAAGGAUGUGCUGCCGUACUUCAAAAAGUCAGAAGACAAUAGAGACGCGGAGGUGGUUCGUGAAAAUCCCUUAGUACACGGCAUCGGUGGUUAUCAGACUGUGCAAAGACUACCUUACGACGAACAAUUCGAUUCCAUCUUCGAUGCGCUUCAAGAGCUAGGACUCGCAGAAACUGACCCAAACUCCGAAGAACAAGUAGGAGCCUUCAAAAUGCAGUUCACUAGUUUGCACGGUGCACGUCAAAGCACGAACGGAGCGUUUAUCAGACCUAUACGAGGCAGACGGUCCAACUUGAAGAUUGCGAAUAACGCUUACGCUACUAAAAUCAUAAUCGAUCCGGAAACGAAGCAAGCCAACGGCGUUGAAUACUUCAGUUACAGGACAAACAAAACCGAAACUGCCUUCGCCAAGAAAGAAGUGAUCGUCUCGGGUGGAAGCGUCAAUUCGGUUAAGCUGUUGAUGCUUUCCGGAAUAGGACCAGCUGAAGAAUUGAAAAAAUUGAAAAUCGACGUCAUCAGCGACUUGUCCGUGGGAAAGAAUCUUCAAGAUCACGUGUAUCACGAUGGAUUGAUGGCUCUGCUGAACAAAACUCUGUCCACUAUGGCCGGUUAUCGGGAAGCAGAGAACGACAUAGCGUAUUGGUUGAGUACGCACGAAGGUGCGCUAGCUUCGAUAGGUCCGAUGAGCAUCGGUGCGUUCGUCCAAACUUCGCAUGAACGUCGCGAAGGACUUCCCGACAUACAGUAUACUUUUUCUAGUCAGGUGUACGAGAACGUCGUUCGACUGCCAGCAUCGCCCACGAUUAUAAGAGCCUUGCCUGACAGCAAUUUUAACGCGUUCUACAUCCUCUCAGUCUUGCUGGCUCCGAAGAGUCGUGGAAGCAUCACCUUGAGCGAGACUGACCCAGUCUGGAGUCCACCUUUGAUUCAACCAAGGUAUUUCGAGGAUGACGAAGACCUGGAUGUACUGGUGGAAGGUACCCUGUUUGCAAGAAAACUUUUCGACACGGAAGCCUUCAAGAAUAUCGAUUACAAGCUGGCCAAGGAACCUCUACCAGCAUGUCAGAAUCACACGUUCGAUACCAAAGGGUACUGGAGGUGCUUAGCCGCCAGCUACACCCAAACUCUUUUUCAUCCUGUGGGUACUUGCAAAAUGGGUCCAGCCAGCGAUAGCGAAGCCGUCGUCGAUAGCAGACUACGGGUUUACGGUGUUGAGAAACUGAGGGUAGUGGACGCCUCGAUCAUGCCAGUCAUCACCAGAGGAAACACCAAUGCCCCGACGAUAAUGAUAGCUGAAAAGGCCAGCGAUAUGAUAAAGGAAGACUGGGGAAAACUGUAAUACUCCUGCUUAUCUAUUCAUCAAUUGUAUAUAUCGGGAAAUGGAAUAAAUACAACUGUAAUGAAGCAUUCAUGAGA